AUGGCCAGAAAGACCAAAUUGGACCGCCAACAGCUCCAGCACUUUGUUCAUUUAUCCAAGCGUAAAUACAGGAAACAACGGAGUGCUUUGAAGAGCCUGUUCAAAGACGAUGCCUACCGAAUCGAACCAGAUGUCAAGGUGACAGAUAGAUCCAUAUUCAAGUACUGGAAAACCAGGCAUCGACUAUUCUCACGCAUGCAAACCAAGGACCUGUAUAUGACAAGAGAGCUAUGGUUUAGCGUUACUCCCGAAAGCCUGGCCAAGUUUGCUGCAAGGUUCAUCAAAAGUUGUCUACCAGACGCACAGGUUGUUCUGGACGUUUACUGCGGCGGUGGAGGCAAUACCAUCCAGUUUGCACAAUAUUUCCAGAAAGUUUACGGCGUGGAUAGCUCUCUAGAGCAUCUGUACUGCACAUACCGCAACGCUCAGGCGUAUAACGUGGAAGAUCGAAUUUGGUUGAAGUACGGGGACUGGCCCACGAUGAGCCGGAAAGGACGCUUUGAAAAACUGCAAAUCGACUGUGUAUUCUCGUCUCCACCCUGGGGUGGACCGCAGUAUCUGAAUAGCGAGUUGUACGAUCUGGAAAACGCAUUGCAACCUCGAGGCCUCCGAGAGACGCUGCAAGGGCUUUUGCGAGUCAGUGAAAACGUCGUCAUGUUCCUGCCGCGCAACUCGGACUUGGGACAAGUGUCACAAGUGACUCGAGAGCUUCUGGGAAACGAAGCCCUUUGCAAAGUCAUCUACGUCAAGGACAACGGAUAUCUGAAAGGGAUUAUGUGCUUCUGGGGCGAAAAGUUCUACAACUACUCUAGCCCGACGACCACAGAAGGUCCUGCCACCGAAAAUGUGUCGCCGUCUGUGGACUAUGCGAUCGAUGGCUAA